AGUAGUUGUACAUACCACAUAUCAUAUUGUACCUUGUUCUUCUUUUGUCCCCCACCACCUCCAUGAAUGAUACCCAAGAAAAUAUUUGUAUUUGAAUAUCUAGUCUAUUUGUUUGUAUAAAAUGAGGCCACAUAUAAAUUUUUAUUUCGUUUAUUAGUAAUCCGGCUUAAAAAGCUAUACAAAAGAAAAUGGAUCGGCCCACAUAAGAUAACCCACCAAAGAGGCUCUCAUUUUAUCUUAAUCUUUAAACUUGGAAUUUGAGGCCAUCCAUUUCUCUUAAAACUUCUAUCUUCUUUAGAAUACGAAAUUCCUCAGAAAAAUCAGGGGAAAAAGAUGCCAACGUUGAAUCUCUUCACCAACAUCCCAAUAGACCCAGUGAUAGCCUCCGACAUUCUCAAAGAUGCCACUAAAGCUGUCGCAAAGAUAAUCGGCAAGCCUGAGUCAUAUGUUAUGAUUUUGUUGAAUGGUGGUGUGCCAAUAGCAUUUGGUGGCACCGAAGAGCCAGCUGCAUAUGGUGAAGUGAUUUCAAUUGGAGGACUUAAUUCAACUGUUAAUGGAAAGUUGAGUUCAACGAUUGCAGAAAUUCUUGAAACAAAACUUUCUAUAAAUAGUUCACGUUUUUAUAUCAAAUUUUACGAUGUUGAGCGAUCGUUUUUUGGGUUUAAUGGAUCGACAUUUUAAGUGGAACGUGAAUAAAAGGAUUAUAUUUGUGGAACUUGUCUUUGGACAAAAUUUAUCAUUAUUAUUAAUGUUGUAAGAUAGUGUUGUAAUUUAUUAUUAUUGUUCUUGUUUAUUUUACUCUUCCUAGUGAACUUUUUGUUUAAUUAAGCCAUGGAGAAAAUAUGAGAAUCUAUAUUCUGGUCUUUGAGUUCUUAAAUUUGUGUAUUGAAGAUGGUUUUUAGAUUUACAAAUGAACAAAAUGGAAGUAUCUAUAUAUGUGUGUUUUUGGAAAAUAA